UAAAGAAGAAAAGUGCACAUCAUUGCAGAACUGCACUAUGAGUUGUUUUUGUGGACAGAUGCGAGAGUACCGCAAUUUGUCAAUUGACAGAUUUGAUGGGAGAAACUUAAAAUCAAAAUGUUUUUUCCUCUCACAUAUUCACGAGGAUCAUACUGUAGGACUAGAUAGACCAACUUUUCUUGAAAUGUUACAGUCCAGUUCUGAUGUAUAUCUGUAUUGUUCAGAAGUAACAAAACUACUCUUACUAGAAAAAGCAAAGUACAGUAAUUUGGAACAUCAUGUGAGAGUAUUACAUAUUGAUGUGCCAACUAACGUGUCAAUUCCACAGCAAGGGUCUUGUAAGAUUGAUACCGUUCAAGUCACCCUGCUGCAUGCAUCUCAUUGUCCUGGAUCUGUUAUGUUUUUGUUUGAAGGAUCAGAAGGUACAUGUUUAUACACUGGAGAUUUUAGAUGGGACAGUCAACAAAUUUCCAAUAUGUCAGCACUCCAUGACAAAAACGGGAGUGUCAAACUUAUCAACAGCUUAUACAUAGAUACAACAUUCUGCCAUGAGAGCUCUGUUUAUAUCCCUAGUCGUCAGGACAGUGCUAAUGCUGUGUAUAAUCUUGUCAAGGAAUGGAUAGGAAAAGGACCAAAUUAUGUUGUACAUUUUACAGCACGAACUCAGUAUGGACAUGAACAUUUGAUGAAGGAUGUCAGUAUAAAAACAGGGUAUAAGGUAUAUGUGUCAAAAGAGAAAUGUGAAAUAUAUAAGAAAAUUCCAGGUCUUGAAGAUAUUUUUACGAGUGAUCCUUCAGAAACACCGGUACAUGCCUGCAAGGGGAAAUGGCCAUCAGAUAGUGCACCAUGGGGUAAGCCAUCUGCAGAUUUGAAAGUUAUGGUGAUACUUCCAUCCACAAUGUACUUUACUAUGUUGCGGAACUUUGAUCUCAGCCAUAUUGUAAUAAAGAAAGGAUUUUUAAACAGAGUAUGCUAUUCAUUUCAUUCAUCAUACACAGAAGUCAAAGAUUUAGUGACAUAUCUUCAGCCAAACUUUGUUAGACCUAAUGUGAAGCCAUUACAGGAUGAUACUAUAAUGAAGGUCCAAGGACGUUUGAAUGAAUUUUUGAAAUUAAAGAACAGUAAGAAUAUAUGUGAUUCUCAGAAACCAAGACUACUUGGGAAACUCAGAAGGUCAAAAUUCACAAAGAAGAGGACAAUUUCAGAAAAUUCAAGUGAUUCUAUUGACCUGAAUUUUGGCACCCCAGAAAAAGUUUACCCACCUGCUAAGAAGUCCAGAAUAAUGAGUGAAGCAGAGACAGACGAGGAUGAACACAGUUCUUAUGCUGGUAGUAACAGAAGUGACAGUGAAAUGAGUGAUAUCUGUGAAUCUGACAAACACAGCAGACCCCAGUCCUUGUCCCUACCAGGACAAAGUUUAUUAGAUGCAUUAGAUGACCAUGAAUUCCAGGCGUCUCAAGGCAGCCAAUCAGAAGCUCUAGAGUGUAGAGUAUGUUUACCAGAUGAUGAUGAGCAGACGACAGCUGUAGUUGUCCCAACAAAAUCACUGGAAGCUGGUGAAUAUAAGAUUGAAGAAGAAACUAGUGAUGACAGUGAGGGUGACACUGCUGGAGCAAACAGAGAUGAUGUGGUAGACAGUAUAGGAUUUGAUCAUAAUACCACAGAUGAUGUACAGCAACCAUCCUCAAUUUCCAGAUGUGAAACUCUAUCUACCCCAGGACAGAGUCUACUAGCUGCAGUUGAUGAAAUGGAAGCUGAGGUCGUGGAGAGUCAGGACAGCAUUAUCAAUUCUAAAAGGCAAGAUAGAACAAAUUCUUAUGGAGAUGACAGGCCUAAAACUUUACAUAAAAAAAAUAAGUUAGAUUUUAGUCAAGAUGAAGAAGAUGACAGAAUUAAAACUGCUAUGAAACAAGAUAGGUUAUAUUCUCAUGAAAAUGAUGGAUUGAACAUGGAGAAGAAAGAAAAUAAAUCAAAUAUUGUUGAAAUUGAAAGAGUACCGGUAGACACUAAAAAGAUACAAAAUGGGUCUGGUUCUUAUGAAGACAACUUUAUCAACUUUUUAAAAAAUGGUAAUAAAAAUUUCAAUCAAAAUAGUAUAUCCAAAUUAGAUUCUAUUGCAGAGAAAGAUAUUGAUAAAAUGAUAAGCAAUGGGAGGGAAAAAGAAUCAGAUGUUGGUAUUGAUCAGUCGAUAGAAAGUGACCUGAUAGGUGAAGAGGACAAUGUGGUCGUUAGCGAAAACAAUAACCAAUCAAAUCAAAGUUCUAACAGUAGACUGAAUACAAGAUACCAUAAGGUUGAUCAUACAGAAAAUAAAUCAAAUGAAGUAGUUACAAUCAUUGAUAGUAGUUGUAGUACAGUGUGCGAAAGUCUACCUCAUGAAGUUAUUGUAAGUCAAGAAUCAAACUCUAAAAGCAGCAGAAAUGGCAACAAAAAUCAAAAAGAGAUAAGUUCUAGUUAUGAUUUAUUUGGUUCAGACGAAGGCAGUGAUGAUGAUGGAAGUGAUAUGGACAGCAUGAUCACCAAUGUUUGUAAUGAUACAUUAAAUGGCAGGAACAAAUGUGAAAAGGAAGUAGAUAUCCUGGUCAGUGGCAUCAUUACAAAUACAUCAAAAAAUAAGGAGAAAGGUAGAAAAGAGGAAAUAUUGAGCCAUAGAUCGAACUUUGUGAGUAAUGGUGGAACAAUAAGUGGAUCAAAACCUAAAGUGAAUUCAGAAGGCCAUAACAAUGAUUGUGUUGUUUUGGAAUCAGAAGAUGAGGAAGAGAGAUCAUUAUUAUCGGGAAAAUUGUCCAGAAGCAAUUCUUUUCAAAGUAAAGGUUCUGUGAAUUGUCAAAUUAGCUCAUUAGAAAAAUGUGUGACCAAAGCUGUUAAUAAAUUGUUUAGUGGCCAAUGUCAAAACACAGCUAUUGACUGCGAUGAUUUAUCUGAUAGUGAAGAAACAAUACCUCCAAUAGACAGUCAGCAUUCUGAUGCAAGCAUUGAAACAUUAUCUCCCUUUGUAUCACCGGUCAAAUUUAAACCUGUUGUAGGUCAAAGGUCAUUAGGAGAUUCAAUGUUAUCUGGUUCCCCAUCUAAGAAGUCUCCAAUGAAGAACCAGAGUAUAAAACAAUACUUGUCACCAGUAAAGAAUCAGUCACCACAGAAAGUUGUAUGCCAGAUGGGUAAUAUGUAUGUUAUGAAUAAUGAGGGUGAUACAGGGGAGGAGUCAGCAGAGAACAGUAUGAUAGAUUUGACAGCAUCUGAUGAUAGUGAUGAUGAUGACAAGAAUGGAGCUGAUGAUUCAACUCAGGAUUAUUAUGUUAUUGAUUAGUUAAAGUAUAAUUGUUGUUGAUUUUUGUCUAUUCUGUGAUGAAUACAGGGAAGGGGAGAUAUAGUCAUUUUAUAAGAAUGGUUAGCAAUACUUUAUUAUAAAGCCUUAAAUGUUAAUGUACAAAACAUGUUUGUAGAAUUUGUAUGUGAAAGAUUGCUUUAAAUUUUAUUAUAGAGAGUUAAAAGUAUGCAUUUCAAAAUUAAUGUCUACUAUACUUCCUGUCCAAAACUAUGGAAAUUUAAAUUCCAUUAUUUUAUGUUGAUAAUAAAGAGGAAACUUUUUUUCAAGCAGAUUUUGGGUGCUUGCUCUUGAUACUCAAAAUAAACAAGAAAUUUGCAACAAUAUCUAGUUUUAUUAUCUCCCCUUGAAUCAGAUAUUUAUUUUUAGAUAAAAAAAAAUCUCACCUGCUCAAAUCAUAUACUCUUCAAUUCAUUCAUAACAUUUUUCAAAUUUGUGCUAUUGAUUUAUAUUUAAAACAGUCAUAUGAUAUGACUAAUGAUAAUGAACAUUAGACAGUUGGUGUUCCUGUUUGAAUGGUUUUACACUAGUCAUUUUUGGGGCCCUUUAUAGCUUUCUGUUUUGAGUGCCAAGGCUUGGUGUUUUAGGCCAUAUUUUGACCUAUAAUGGUUUACUUUUACAAAUUGUGACUUGGAUGGAGAGUUGUCUCAUUGGCACUCAUACCACAUCUUCUUAUAUCUAAUUACUAAGAUUAUUACUCCACAGAUUUUAAGUUUUAUAAUCAAUUUUCACAAAAUGACUUAAUGUCUCAAAAAUAAUGUCUAUUAUGUCAUCUUGUAUCUUUAUUUUGGUCUAUUAAUUGAUCCCUUUUCAUUUAAACAUCUUAUUAAACACUAAGUGCUAAACUUCCUAACUUGAAUAAUGCAUUGUUGAGGCCUUCAACCAGAAUGUCUCUGAGGGAGGUUAUUUGGGGUAAUGUAUUUUUGUAUAUUUAUGAUGUUCAUUUAUUCGAAUAUGUUGAGACCAGACAGAGGAUGCCAUAGGGCUUUAAUGUAUUGAACAGACCUGCUCUUGAAAGCAGAGUUUUAAAUUGAAAACAUGAAUAGUAAAAACAUUUCAUAUAAUUCAAUCCUCUAUGUGCAUACCAUGUGCAGAUGUGUCAGCAGGUUUUUGAUAAACCAAGGAUUUGUAUAGUAAACACAAAUAUACAAAUCCUUGGAUAAACUAUGGUGAUUUUGACUUUUUUGCUAAAAAAUUAAUGAAAGUAGUGGCCUCGAAAACUAGAUUUGCCUUUGAAUUGCAUAUAUUUUUGGCUAAAAAGAUUAGCCAUUUGAGAGAUGGAAUAUUAUCAAUACUUUCAAUACCUUAAAAGUCAAGAUUUUUGUGCAUAUAUGACUCCAUAAAAGGUUAUACUAAGUAAGUUAUUCUUUCUACAUAGAGAUAUUGCUUGGAUUUUUAUAUUUCUGUCUGUAAAAUCUUCUUUAUCAAUUAAGAUUUUCACAUUGUUCAUAUUUACUUAAUUUCAUAACUUUAUUUACUUCUAAUGAAAUAAAUGCAUAUAUAGAUUUCAAACUUUAAUUUGUCUAUGAGGUUAUUUUAACCAGAAUUGUAUAUAAAUUGAUUAUCACAUAUUGUUUAUGUAAGCAUUCUUUCAUUCCAUCAUGUGUUUAUUCCGGCCAACUAUUAUUUACUAGAGACUAUUGUAUGUAAAUAGUGUGAAAACCAUUGUUUAUUUUUAUGGUAGACACGUAUAUUGUUUACAUAAAUUAAUGGGUUAAAAUGAGAAUAAUUUUCAGGGAACCAGUUUAAUUCAUCUAUAUCAGUCCAGUGUUUUUGUUGGUGGAUUUAAAAGACUAGGAACUUUCAUCCUUCGGCUGUAUAGCCAGUCAAGGUCGUUAAAAACUUCCAUUUGCCUUCGGAUAACGUACACUUGCAGAAUCAAACAAUCCUUUGAUAAAAAAAACUUGUUUUUUGGGUCCAUUUUUUACAUAAAUCACCUAUGCAAGUUUUAGUUACUUCAAAUACCCCCAAAAAAUUCAAAGCCCCAUUUUUUAUAUAUUUCCACUUCAAGAAAAUCUUCUUCAGAAUCUUAAGGUAAGUGUUGGAUAUUUUACACUAGACCCUGAUUAAAAAACCUAGUGCAUUUUUGUUGGAUAUAAAACACUAGGAAUUUUCAUCCUUCAGAUAAAGUACACUAGCGGAAUCAAACCACUGUUACAUAUAUGGCAUAAGCCUGGAAAUAUUAAUUAUUAGAAAUGUGUCAAUGUCAGAUGUUUGUAAAUACUCUAUAUUUUUGUAACUUAUUAUUUUAACUAAUUCUUAUUAAAGCCAAACCAAAUAACUGUUUCAUCCUUGAAAACAAACUUGAUUAUAUGAGAACCAGAAAAUGACUUUUACUUGGCCUUAUUAUGAAAUUUACCGUCCUUAAUUGUCUUUAAUAAAUUAGACAUAAAUUUGCAUCAUGUUUAACAUAAAACUUGAUUGUGUUUGUAUAGAUAAUUCAAGAAGAAAUUAUUUUUAAUGCAGCGAAGCAAAAUAUUAUGAUACUUUCACUGGUUUCAAAAGGGGGGGAUAUUAAAAAGUAGCUCCCCUGUGACUUUUUUAAUCUCAAUGGUGAAUGAAAAACUCAUAGCCUUCCAAAAAAAUAUGCUAAAGAGGGUAGAAACGUGUUAAAUUCUUUAAAGGUCAUAUUAGGUAUUUAUGUGUGUUUGAAUGUAUUUUCUUUAUUUGUUUUAAUUUAAUGAAUAUAUAUUAUAAUGUUAAGACUCAAAAUUAUUUAUUUUAGAAAUCUAGGAAUUAUGGGGUAUAUAUGUAUGAUAUUUUAAAUUGAUGACACUGCAUGCCAACAUUUUAUGCAAUAAGACUUACAGGUAUAUUAUUUACAUAUGCAUGACAUAUUUUUACAUGAGUUUGACUGUGAUAAUGUAUAUGCAUUAUGCAUAUCAUGAUAUUAGUUAAAGUAUGUGUAGAAAAAAAUCAUUGUGUUGUUUAUAUUUUUGUAUCUUUUUUCCAAUGGUGAGUUUCACUCAAAUCAACAACUUUUAUUUGUAUAGUGUUUUAUGUACAAGUCUCACAAUGAUGGAGGAAGAGCAAUUUAGUAUUUGCCCUGUCAGUCAGUCUGUUUGUUUAUGCAUGUAGGUCUAUGAUUAACAAACCAUGUUUCUGUUUCACUGUACUUAGGCUUAAAUUACCCUUUCUGUACUAGAAAUUAAGAUUGUUAUUUAAAAAUAAAGGCACUGCAAAAAAAAAAAGCCUUUUCAAAUAAAACUUAGUCGAGAUUUCGAUAUUUUUUUAAUAUAUCUUAUUUGCUGUAUAUAUACUCAUUUUGACCAACUGCAGCUUACAUAAUUCAAUAUAAUUGUAUUCAUGAAAUAUAUUUUAACAAAGUAAGAUGUCAAAUGAUUGUUCUUUUUAUGCCUUCCAUUUGUUGUGCUUUCAUCAUUUCCAUCAUUUGUGGACAUUUGCCAUACAAAAAUUGUUUAAUAAAGUUAAUGCAUGAUUUUAAUUUUCAAAAGUGUGUUUCUUUUCAUUUACUUGUUUUAUUAAAAUGUUAUAUUAAUUGUUAGAAAAUAUUUUUGAUAAAAUUUGGGUGUUAGUUACUUGCUACUUCUUUUUAAAAUAAAAUUGUGUUAUGUAAUACAAUUUAAUCAAAUAAAAACCUUUUGAACUUUU